AUGGUUGGAUCUGCAUCACCCCUGACCACUGUCUCAAUCGAUGCGUAUUAUUUCACCAAGGUGACACAGUGGCCGAAGAUUCUGGCGUUGAAGCUCGCCGAACUCUCCAGGAACAUGGCGAAGAGAUACUUGAUGUCGAAACGUGCCCCUCUCUGGUUCUGUCGACCCUCGAUCACCUUCGCUGAUAUCAUCGCCCGUGAGCAGUCCUGGCCAUGA